UUGUUGUUUUUUGGUGAAAUUUGUUCGUGUGCAAAAUGUAAUUGAAAAUAACGUGCGAUAGACGAGAGGCAUCAAAAAAAUUGAUAGAAAACGCAAAUCCAUCAAUUGGCGUAAACAAAAACUGCUAAUGCAUUCGGAUUAAUGAUUGAUAUUUGAGCUUAUAAUAUGUAAAUCUUCAGGCAAAGAAAAGAAGAGGAAGAUGCCACGCCAAAGUUCAAGCAUAAACUGAAAGGAAUACCAAAAAUACAAAAAAAAAAAAAAUUAACAAUACUCGACAACAGCUUAGAAUCAAGUGAGGCUUUCUUUUAUUGCCGCAAAAGCAGGCAAAACAAUUUAUGCAAAAAUGCGACGAAAGCCACAAGACUUAACACAAAAUCAACAAGCCAGCAGAGGCGGCAGCGACAACAACAACUGUGGGAAGAAGAAGAAGAAGCAGCAGCAUAGAAUGCCAAACUGCCGGUGGCACAUUUGGCACUUGUCCGCGACGCUGCUGUCAAUUUCACUGCUGCUACUGCUGCACGUUCACACAGCGGCUGCCCAGCACGAUGGCAUCUCGCAGAUCUCGCCCAAGUCCAGCAGCCAGCAGUCGGAGGCGCAUUUGAGCAUUGAGAGCACCAUGGCCGAUACGAAUACGAUCUCGGACAGCCGUCGCUCGGCGCCGCUGGAGAAUGAGACGCGUGCCCGCGUGGAACGCUCCGCCUCGCCCAUACUGCACGAGCCGCAGCAUCAGCAGCUGCAGCAGCAGCAGCUGCUGCAGCAUCCGGGCCCCAACGACAUCGACUAUGGCAAGGACAGCGAGAAGGAUGUCUCCGCCGGACGCUACUUUCACUACAACAUCAAGCCCACGGGCACCUACGAUCAGCAGGAGGAGCAGCAGCAGCCGGAGCGCACGCAGCGCAUCAGAGCGGGCAAGACCUUAGCUGGCAGCAGCAGCGGCAGCUCCAGCAGCUCCUACGGCAGCUCCAGCACCGAGCAGCCUUUUUUAGUGCAGGGGGGCCUGCGACCGCCUACGUCGGGGUCCCCUAUCAGCCCGAGUCCGAGCAGUACUGUCAUCUCGAGGGCGAGUGCGACCCAGGCGCCGCAUAAUGCCCGCCAGAAUGGCAAUCCGGACAUCCAGGACAUCAUCACGGGCAUUGUGAAGCUCCUGAACGGCAAUGUCAAUGUGCACGCCAAUACGCAGGGCGUGCGCCGUCCCUCGGCGAGCCGGAUCAACAAUCGCGGACCGCCGCGCAUAUCCGAGGUGCAGCCGCUGCCCAUGGACUAUGAGGCACAGAAGCCGGGCACAUCCAUGCGACCGCCACCGUAUCCCUUUGACCGACCCGACCGACCAUUUAUUACCGGCGUGCCCAUUCCGGAACAGAUUGUGCCCGUUCGGCCGGGCUUUGUGAGCAAUCGGCCGCCCUGGUACCGCAACAAGCCACGCCCACCAAUAACAACAAGCGUGAACGGCAGCCGACGCCCCUUGCCGCAAUACCAGCCGCUGCCGGCGCCACAGCAGCUGCCCGUGCGGCCAACUGAACCGGAGCCAGUGCAGCAGGAGGACUCGAAGCCGGCACAGCCGGAAGCGGAGCCAGCCGUCGAUUCCCUGGAUGGUGUGCAGCCCACAGACACCACCUACGACUCGGAGUUCUCCAACGAGGAUGCCAAUGCACAGUACAUCGAAGUCUCCGACCAGGACACCGAACAGGAGACAGCUGGCGGCGAGCUUGAGGAUGAACUGCAGCCGCCACCGGAACCGUUGCCCACAACGCCGACCAAGGAGCAUGCGACCAAAAAGAAGCACAAACCGAAGCCCAGCAGCGAGAAGAAGAAGCCACAGGACGAGCACGAGGGCUACACAACCAUCAUUGAGACAAGCUCCGUGGUGAACACCGUCAUGGGCAUGUCCUCCUCCCGCUAUGUGCCCAUGUCCAUGGAGAGUGGCGAGGGUCCUAGCCACGAUCUGGAUCCCUCCACCGAGGAGGUCAUCUUCAUGACAGCCAAUCGCACGCCCGGACUGGAGGUCAGCACCUCAUCGACCACGAGCAGCAUUCAGACCAUGCCGCUGAGCGAGCUCUCCUCUGCGGACGUCAUUGCGCCCACGUCCAAGACACCCAUGACCACUUCUACCACCACCACAACCACUAGUACCAGCUCCACCACCACCUCUUCUACCACCUCGACCACCACCUCGACUACCACCUCGACUACCACCACUGAAAAAGCGCCCACUGCCAAUGCCCCGACGUCCGCUCCCGCCGCUUCCUACCAUCCCCGACCCGGCAUUGUGCUGGAUGAUCCCGAAUUCAAGCCAGGCGGACGGCCGCGUCCCGCUCAGCGUCCGGCUGCACCACAGCAGCCCAUACAGCCGACACGGCAGCAUCUGCCGCCUGGCUAUGGCGAAAUCUUUGACGUGACGCUGUCGGCCAUACAAGGACCCGGUCCCAAGGGCAGCGGCUCCCAGCAGACGAUCAACAUCAAGCCUUAUGGAUCCUAUGGAGCGGGCGCUGGUGGAGCCGGGAGCGGCGCACAGGCGGACAUCAUUGUGUCGGCAUCAGGUGACGAAGGCUUCGUCUCGAUCGAUGGCAAACGCACUUACAUCAAUCUAUUUGGUGAUCCCACAGAUCCGCCAGCGGGCGCCACAACGCCGGCGACACGACUACCCCAACUCCCGGGCGCGGCAACAGGCAGUGGUGGUGCGAGUGGUGGUGGUGCGAGCAGUGGUGGUGCGAGCGGUGCUGCCGCAGCUAUACCCAAUCACGGCGUCACGCAAAGCAGCGGCGGUUACGUCGUGCCCGAAACGGAAGUCGUGGAACUGCAGCCACAGGCGGGCACCAGCCCGGGACAUGGCCACGGACAGACGCCGGGUAAGCCAGCGGCUGUGUCCACAACGCAUGCGGGCCCCACGCGACCACACUACCGCCAGCGACCGACACCGCCGCCGGUGCGCAUCGACACCUGCAUUGUGGGCGACGAUUCCACCUGUGAUCAGGCGCAGCACGAGCGUUGCAAAACGGACAACGGCGUGUCCAGCUGCCAUUGUAGACCAGGCUACUCGCGUCGCAAGCAUCGCGAGCCUUGCCGCCGCGUGAUCUCCUUCCAUCUGGGCAUGCGCGUGGAUCGCAUCUAUGAGCAUCGCAUCGUCUGGGACAACAAGCUCUUGGAUCUCAACAGCGAACCAUAUGGACAACUCAGCUACGAAUCCGUCCGCGCGCUGGACUCGGCCAUGUCAAUGACACCCUAUUCGGAUGAGUUUAUGGAGGCCAAGGUCAACAAUAUCUAUCGCGGGGAUCCCAAUUUGGGCGGCAGUGGCGUCUACGUGAAUCUGACUCUUAAACUGGAUGAGAGCGUGGAAACACUGCGUCCCAAUCUGCGCAGCGAUGUGCAGAAGCAUCUCCUGGGCGUACUGCAUCGUCGCAACAACAACAUUGGCAACUCGGUGCUGUUUGUGAGCUCACCGGAGGGCGCCGUCUCGGCGCUGCACGAUUUGGAUGAAUGUCAAUCCGCGGAGCUGAACGAUUGCCACGAGAGUGCCACGUGCAGCAACAGCUGGGGCAGCUUCCAGUGCGCCUGCGAGUCGGGUCUGCGCGAUCCCUGGGCCGAUCAGCCGCAGCGUGCGGGUCGCGAGUGCCAGGCGUGUCCUGAUGCGUAUUGCAAUAAUCGCGGCAUCUGCAGCUACAACGAGGAGGGAGCCCAGACAUGUGCCUGCGACUCCAGUCACUAUGGCGCUCAGUGCGAGAUCGAUGGCGAGGUACUGGGCGUGGCCAUAGGCGCCUCCGUGGCAGCUGUGAUCAUCAUAGUGCUGACACUGGUGUGCCUCAUCAUGUGGUCACGUCGCUGGCAACGCGAGCAGAAGAAUGCCAUGGGCUCGCCCGUGUUUGGCUACAUGAAUACAGCUCCACUGAAGUCGGCGGGCUUGCCGCAAGCGGGCUACCAGGUGACGCUGGAGGAUCGCAUGCGCUGGGCACAGAUAGCCGAUGUUAUGGCACAAACGAAUCAUUACGGGGCGGAACCCAUUGGACCGACACGGCCUUCGUCGGCCAUGUUUGCGUACCCGAAUCUGGGUGCCAUUGGCAUGGGCACCAUAGGAGGCAUGUCGAUGCAGAGCACCAUGCAAAUGCAUCCAAGCGCCAACAUGGCGCCGCCAGUGCCAUUGCCCAGAAGACUCGGCCUGGGUGCGCGUGCGAAUGGCAUGCGCACACUGGAGAACUCCAGCUCCAGUGAGGAGGAGGAUCGCGCCGAUCUGCUGGGUCGCAACUUUCAGGUGCCACGCCCAAAGAGCCGCAGCAAUGGCAGCAUAGCGAACCAGUCGGGCAUCUACUAUGAUGUGGACUAUGAGCCCUCGGGCAAUGGCAUUGGCAACACCAGCGUCGAUCAUCUCUAUGGCUCACAGAAUCAGUCGGUGACGCACUCGUCGGUCAACAAUCAUAUACCCGGACCGCAGGGCAUACCCAUGAGCACUUACACCUCCGGCCGUGCGCCCAGCAGUUACUACAUGAAGUGAGCCCCUCACCCUGCCUAGCCCCGCCCAGCACCCGUCCUAGUUUUACACAGAGCCUGUAAAUAUGCAAUUUAGCUGUAGAUUAGUUUAGUUCAACCGCCUAAAACACUUUUCCACUGCGGUCCACAACGGGGAAAAGUUUCCGACUGCAGCUGAGACGCGUUUUUGUGCAAUCAGCAAGUAGAAGUAGAAGUAGAAGACUUAGAUUUUAGGCAUCACACAGUUACAUAUAGUUAAAUGCAAUGUUAACGAUCACUAAUCAUUAAUUUUAAUAUUAAAUGUUUAAAUUAUUCUGUCCCUAGACGUAAGUGCAGUUCAAUUAAAGCCUAGCCGAAAGUCAAUUAAAAAAAACGAGCAUUAGUAUUUACCAAUCAAUCGAAUUAUGUACUUAAGCUUAAAAGUGUGAAUGUAAAUAUGAAUCAAUAAAGAUAUUAAUGUAAAGUAAA